AUGGCAUCAAAUACAAACUUGGACAACAUUACCAGACAGAAUAAAGAAGAUGGUGAAGAUAACUUGAAACCAAAUAAAAUCCAUUUCGAUCUUCGACAUAGCAGCAACGUAAACUCGGGUAAUAGCCAAGAGCGAACACAUGCGAUCGAUAUGCAACGAUAUGAUGCCGAACAAUCUGACUCCACUGUUAAGACAGGAAAACUCCAAAGUUGCAAGAGCAUCAUGUCGACAGCGGAUAAUUUUGAAGUUAACGAACAUGUUUAUGACACUAUUGAAACAGAUAACCUACGCAACAAACAGUUCAUAUCCGGCAAUACUCUGGAAAAUGAACAAGCAGCUGAGAAACGCCAAUACCAAAGAUCGAUGUCCAUGAAUCCCGAAAACCAGCAGUCAAGAAUUCCAAAUAUGCAAAAGAGAAAAUCUCUACCAAUGGCUUUUCAAAAAGAUGACGAAAAAUCGGAAGAAUUUCCGAACAAUGUAUCUCGACUUCUAGAACCAACCUGUGAAGGAAUACGAAGUCGUAUAGAGCUACUUGGCGAGUUGGUCACAAGCAAGAAGCUUGAUUCAAUACCAGAUGUAUACGAUGAAAUGGCACAGAUCAUUGCCUCAACUGAGAGAAACGAACGUUUUAUGGCCGAUGCAGACGGUAAACGUCUACUUGAGUUAACUACUACAGCAAAAAGCAACUUAAAUGUUGAUUUAUACAAUCUGGAUCUCGAGAUACAACGUCAGUUUGGACUUUAUUCAGUUGAAGUCACUGGGGAUGGUGCAUGUGCUUUUCGAGCCACUUUAAUAUCGGGGUUGCAGAAACCUGAUGUGUAUCAAAGUGAACUACGAGAGAAGGCUAUUCGACAUGUCUUAAAUGAUAUAUCUUAUUACUCAACUGUACUUCGACCUGGAGAAAAAGUGAGUGAGCAAGAAUUAAAAACCUGGGCAUAUUUAAUGGCUGAUUCAAACACAUAUGGAGAUGAAAUGGCGAAUAUGGCUAUAGCCGACUUAUAUCACAUUCAGCUGGUUAUUUUUCGUGCUGGAGAAUUACUGACAGUAGUAAAUCCACGUGAUGGACAUGUUGAGCAUACUGCAUUUCUUGUCAACGUUGGAACUCACUAUAAGGCACUCGUAACUGUGCACGAACUUGAUGAGGCACGUAGAAAUUCUGAACGUCUAUCUAAACGCUAUUGA